CUCCUUAUAUAUAUGUAUACAUAUAAUAUAUACCAUAUUUAUCCCCACGAGUUAGUGAGAGAGUAAUAGUAUCAAUCCUUCUGUCUCCCUUUUGUCUCUGCAUACCUUUUCUUUUCCUUGUUCUUACUCUGUUUUCUCUUUCCAUUUUUUUUCUUUUUCUUUGCGGUUCCUAUCCGCUGUGCUUCGAUGGCUACGAUUCAAAAGCAAGAGCUUGAAGAGGACGAAGACAGGAUAACCGUUGAUCUCAGAAUCAACGGCGGCGGAGAUGCAGUAAGGAAUAAUAUUCGCGCCAGACAAGACUCAACCACCAACUCCCCACCACUUGCACCAAAGGAAGAGCCGGACUUGGAGGAUAGGUCGCCGUCGUCGAGAGGAAUGAUGCCGGUAUCCGUACACGUUCCGGCGGCUAUUCCUAUGCCUUUAGCGUCGGCGCCACAGCAUCCCCGGCCAAAGAGGGCAUCGACGAAGGACCGGCACACGAAGGUCGAGGGUCGGGGCAGGAGGAUCCGAAUGCCCGCAACUUGCGCUGCUCGGAUCUUCCAGUUGACUCGUGAACUCGGUCAUAAGUCCGACGGGGAGACGAUAAGAUGGCUCCUUGAGCACGCCGAGCAAGCCAUCAUAGCCGCCACCGGAACCGGCACUGUUCCUGCUAUCGCCAUGUCGGUGAAUGGGACUCUCAAAAUCCCCACCACUACCAACGCCAUCCCGGAACCAGGGGACCAACCCGCAAAGAAGAAGCGUAAACGACCCGCUAACAGUGAGUACGUGGAUAUAAACGACCCCGUUUCUAUUUCCUCCGGUUUAGCUCCUAUCACCGCUCCGGUUGCUGCUACGCAACAAGCACUGCCGCAAGGGUUGGUUCCUAUGUGGGCCAUACCAUCAAACGCUGUCGUUCCAGGUGCGUUCUUCAUGGUACCACCCAUGGCCACCAUUGCUGGACCUUCCAAUCAGCCUCACAUAUUUACAUUCCCUGCAACAGCUACGCCUCUUAUCAACAUUUCUGCCCGACCCAUAUCGUCUUUUGUUUCCGCCAUGCAACAUGGCGCUAACAUAGCCGCCGGUCCUGUUCAUGUUCAAAGUAAUCCUAUGACUUCGUCUUCUACAGUUUCCGGUUCAAAACCAGCCAAAAAGACGUCAGUUAUGGCUUCUAGUUCAACGUCCGCCAUGACAACUACAAGUACUAGUGGUACUGCGACCACUCGGAUGCUAAGAGACUUUUCCUUGGAGAUUUACGACAAGCAAGAGUUGCAGUUCAUGACUCGGUCUUCGAAGCAUUGACAAAAUGAUUGCUUCUGCUUCCGGGUGUUUCUCUGGCUUUCUGAUUAUGGCGUGAAUUCUUUCUACACCCGCCAUUACCGUGCGAGGUAGAAGCUGGAAAUGAGAAAUCUGAAACCUCCCCGUAUGUGGGGAGAAGGAAGGAGCACGUGGUCACGUGAGGGGAGAUUUAAAGGUGCGCACGUGUAAAGAGGGGUAGGAUUAGGCGGAGGUGGGGUCCACUGAGUGGUGGGUCAACACUCAACGCUCAACAAGAA